ACCUGCCUGUUUCUUAUAUCCGGAAUCCGUGGUUAAAAAAUUAGGAAAUACAAAGUAACAUAAAUUUUUUCGAAAUACACGGCGUUUCAUUUUUGAUACAGGACAACUAUUUUUUUUACUGUAUAGAAUGUAGUUUUGUGUCUGCCUCUGCCUUGUUCACGGUAUUUAUUUGUACUAUGUGUGGUAGUCUGGGUUUCAGAUUUUAAAGUGAACUUAUUUUUAAAUGUUUUAGUGAAAGCCAAGCUGUUUUUGUUGCAAUUUUGGCUACAACUGACAAACCAGUAUGAUAUUAACAAGUCGGACCUCCACGUGUUGUUUUUUAAGCCUGUUCUGACAUUGUCAAAGUGUGAUCUUUGUUAUUUGAUUUUGAUUUGCAUUCCCUGAACACGGGAGACGUUGUUUUGAUUGUGUGAUGGUUUCUUAUAUAAAAUACAGGUGUUAAGUACAGAACGACUUUACGACUACAGUGCUUAACCUUACGAUUCUCGGUACCUGUUGCCUCAUAAUUCCUUACCCUCAGUGCCAGACUCCGUUAAUAUUAACAUGGAACUUUUAUGGCAAAUUUUGGGCUUGUUGUCAUUGAUAAUAUGGAAAUGUCAGGGUCUUCCAGUGACGAUGACGACUAUGCCUCCGGAACCAGCCUCUCGCAACAGCACAAUUGAAGACUGGGAUUCUGGUUUGGAGUACGACAGAUAUCUGAAAGAGAUUGUCAACAUUCUCGAGGCGGAUCCCGCUUUUCGCAAGAAAAUGGAAAGCGCCGAUCCAGAGCAUUUCAAGACUGGCGAAAUUGCCAACGAACUGAAUUUUGUUUCGCACAACCUCAGGAGCAAACUAGAUGAAGUUAAACGACAGGAACUGAAUCGAUUGCGAGCAUUAGUAAAAGAGCAGGUUGAUCGAAAUGACAUGAAAGAAUUAAAAAUUCCCGCACAUCUGGAUCCGUCCAAGGAUAAUUUUGACGAAGAAGAUUUGAAGCGCUUGAUAAAACAGACUACAGCUGAUUUGCAAGCAGCCGAUGAAAAACGUCGCCAAGAGUUUCAGAAUUAUGAAAUGGAAAAGGAGCACCAACGACGUGAGAAACUCAAAGCUAUGGACGAAAGGACCAAACAAGAAGAAGAACGAAAAUUUGAGGAUAUGAAGAAGAAGCAUAAAGAACAUCCCGCUGUUCACCAUCCUGGUAGUAAGGCUCAGCUAGAAGAAGUAUGGGAGGAAAGCGACGGAUUGCCGAAAGAGGAGUUUGAACCUAAGACGUUCUUUAAACUCCAUGACCUUAAUGAAGAUCACAUUUUGGACCAAGGCGAACUGGAAGCCUUAUUUCAGAAAGAACUGGACAAGGUGUACGAUCCAAAUGCACCUGAAGAUGAUAUGCGUGAACGGUCCGAAGAAAUGGCCAGAAUGCGCGAACAUGUUAUGAAAGAGAUUGAUACAAACAGGGAUGGAAUGAUCAGCUUGGAUGAGUUCAUGACGCAAGCGAAAAAGGCCGAAUUUCAGGAUGACAGCACCUGGCAGACCUUGGAUCAGCAGCCUCUUUACAGUGAUGAAGCGUUGAGGGAAUACGAACGUCAGCUGGCCUCGCACGAUCAAAACUAUCGGUACCCUCCGCAAUAUGGUAAUGGGCCUCAGGGUGGUGGUUAUCCCCAGGGUGGAGGCGGUUAUGGUCAGUAUCCUGGUCAAGGACCGCCACAGGGUUAUAAUCCCGGUGGAUAUGGACAGUAUCCUGGCAAUCAGCCACAUAUGCAGCAGCAGCCCUACCAGCAACAACAGCAGUGGCAGAAUCAGCAGCAGGGCUAUAACCCGAAUCAGCAAGGUUACAAUACAAAUCAACAGCAGCAAGGGUAUAAUAACCAGCAGCAGCAGGGCUACAAUCAGCAACAACCGAAUAGUAACUACCAGAACGUCGGUGGUACGCCAGCGCCUUAUGUACAACAGGGAAAUCCAUCGCAGUUUCAGCCGCAAGGUGGCCAAUAUGGAGGCCAGCCCAACCAGCAGUACAACAAUCAACAAAGUAACCAGUAUAACCAGCAAACCAAUCAGCAAGGCUACGGACAAAAUCCACCAUCCCAACAAGGGUAUAAUUCCGUCGUUCCAGGGCAGUUUCAGCAACCAGUCGGAAGUGCUUCCACAGUCGCUCCUAAGAACACCGAUCCCAACUCGGUUCACAGUGCCAAUGUUGCUGGCGGUCAGCACAGAUAAUUUUUGGAUGUUUGGUACGUUUUUUUUAAAUUGAUAUUUAAUUUUUACCAGUGUUGUAGUAAUGGGUUAUCACAUUUUUAACGAGAGGUGGCCCAUACAGGAAAACAUUUUGAGAGAAUUUUUAUUUGGUUUGCUUAACAGCCCGUUGCAAUCUCAUUGGAGUGAUACAGAAAAUAAAAACUAAUCCAACUGAA